AUGUCAGUGCUAUCUCCUAAAAUGAAGAUUGAGACUUCAAGAGUCACCCGAAGUUCCCUGGAAGGUCCUUUUCUUUUUGAGAGUAGUUGGAGGAAGGCAGUUUUAGAAACACAAAAAAUAAGGAAAGAAUACACCACAACAUUUGGUCUAGAAGAGCCCAAAGAACAUGUCAAAAUGCCACAUUUACCAAGAUUACCAAGUUGCCAAAAGAAUGUAAGUUCAACUCCAAUGGAGGUUCACAAACAGCUACCACAUGCUAACACGGAGAUGCCUGCGAUCAGGAUAAAGAAGACUAAGAAGACAUGUACCCUGGUACCACUUCAGAAGAAAUCAAAAGAUUCUGGCUUCAGUGACCCUCUCACUGGAGCACCAUCUGAGUUCUUACAGAGACUUUCCAGGAUGGCCAUAUUGGAGUAUGAUACGAUUCGGCAGGAAACGACCAAAAAAUCAAAAAAAGGCAAAAAACAAGAGCUAUGA